UACGUAGUAUGAUCGAGAAUCCAGUGACCGGUCUCAUUAUUGAUAGAGCUGGACAAACAAGCAAGUCACAGUGAUCAAAUCAUAAUUACUCUUCUCGAAGGGAUAGAAGUCAUAACGAAAUCGAAAAAUGGCAGCCAAGGCUCGUGUCCAGGAUCCAGCUCCUUAUUUUGAGGGAACAGCAGUGAGCACCACCGGUGAAUUUGUCGACGUCAAAUUGUCGGACUACAAAGGCAAAUACCUUGUAUUCUUCUUCUAUCCAUUGGACUUCACCUUCGUUUGUCCGACUGAGAUCCUAGCCUUCAGCGACAGGUCAGAUGAAUUCAGAAAAAUCGGAUGCGAGGUUCUCGCUGCAUCCUGCGACUCCCACUUCUGUCAUUUAGCAUGGACCAACACUACUAAGAAACUGGGUGGAGUCGGUCAACUCAAGAUCCCCCUCCUCUCUGACAUGAGCGGUAAGAUCGCCCGGGAUUACGGCAUCAUGAUCGAGAAGGAAGGAAUCUCACUCAGAGGUCUCUUCAUCAUUGACGACAAGGGCACCCUACGUCAGAUCACCAUCAACGAUCUCCCCGUCGGUCGUUCCGUCGAUGAGGUGCUUCGUCUGGUACAAGCUUUCCAGUUCACAGACAAAUUCGGAGAAGUGUGCCCUGCUGGCUGGAAGCCUGGCGAUGAUACAAUCAAGCCUGGAGUCAAGGAAAGCAAGGAGUUCUUUGGAAAGCAAUAAUUCAGCAGUCCCCUCCCCCUCACUAUCUCUCUCUCUCUCCUACUAACCCCCUUAUAUCACAAUGGUUUAUUCCAUUCUUUGUCCUAGUCUAUGACAUAUGACCAAAACAAAGCAGCAUUUAUUAAAGGGUACGUGUAAUAUUUUGUAUUCGCCCGUAUGGAUCAUCUAGCUUAAUCACUAGAGCAGUUACUCAUGCUCGCAGGUUGAUAGAAAGAAUGGGAGAUUCCAUUGUGGUAGUAGGGAAGUGGUUGUGUUCGCCGUGCUUUUCUACAGGCGACAUUUGAAUAACAGAGUUGGACGAGUCAAGAAUUUUAAAGCUUUUACGAAAAGAAAUGUACCUUGGAACUUGACAACUAUUGUAAAUUUUGAGUAAAUUUCGUAGUGAGAAAGAUAUGACUUUGUGUUGACAGUAUUUGUUUGUGUUCUUAAUGCAAACAAGAUGAUCAUUAUCCAGCUCAUGUAUUGGAUGUAGAUAAGCCUUCUGAUGUAUAGUUCAUUGAGAGAGAAAAAAAAUCUAGUUUAGAAUUAGAUUUUGUGUAAUGCUUUGAUAUAAGUGAUCUACAAGUAUUGUUUAAUUUGUGAGUUUUCUUUAUCGUUUCUAAAAGUGAGCUUUUGGUUUUAUAACUACCUGGAAGCUGCUUAGUCCAUGUUGUACAAGAAAUCUAUGUUAAGAGUUUAAUGUUUUGUUUUAUACUUAUAGCAAGCUUGAAACUAUUUAUAUGCUGAUGCUUGACAUGUUCUGCCCUCUACUGAAAAUUUGAAAGCAGAAGAGAAAGAGGUUAUAUUUACUGAAACAAGCAGCUUGGAAAUUUGUAUUCCAUCCUUUGUAUGUGUUGUAAGAUGUUCUACAAGUACCUCAUAUGUUUUUAUUUUUCUUAGUUAAGAACGAAUCCUCUCAGUGUUUCUAUUUAAGACAGGGCAUGAAAAUGUUUCUGGUGAUAUUUUGAACUCUUGUGAUUGAAUAUUUAACUUCUCAUGUUAUAUAGGCACGAUUGUUCUUAAAUGCCUGAAGCCAUGGCUGGCAAGGUCUCUCAUCAAAGAAGAUGGUCAAGGAAAGUUUCUUCAGUGAAAGACCAAAUCAAACAAAAAAAAGAGAGAAAGAAAAAUAGACGAUCCUUUGUAAUAUGUAAUUGGAUGCACAAUACAAAAACCAUUAUAAUUCAUACACUAACAAGGCUUUUAUGAUUUAAGUUUGUAUUUUUAAUUUUUUUUUUUUUAUCGGAAAGCUCUUUUUGCCAGUCUUCUAAACCUGUACAGGAUGUUAGUAAAUCGAGCUUACGUGUGCUUACUACCUAGUAUCAGUAUAUUAUGCAUUUUGUCAUCUGUUUGUAAUGAAAUAUCUUUUAGUCAAUGUUCAGAAGAAAUUAUUAUUUAUAAAGACCAAUUUAAGAUCAGUAAUUGUUCAUCAAUCCUUCAGUUGGAUGAUUAAAUACAUGUAUGAUCUACUUACAUGUUGUUUUGAAAGUAAUGCAUUGUCUUUGACAUUUGAUGUUAGAUUGGACAUAUACAUACUGAGAUAACCAAGCAAGAUCUUCCCUAAAUCCUCCCCAUACAUGCUUGCCAAAAGCACCCUAUACCAACUGUUCAUUUACAAGCAUUUGAGCAUAUGACUUUCAAUUGUCUCCCAUAAAUAUCUGAGUUCCUCUUAUGUUUUCAUUCAAUUCGUUAUGGUACUAGAAUUAUUGAAAGAACAGCUGAAACCGGUUCUGACAGUACAUGGGAGUGUCAGUUAUUACCAUGUGGGUAAAACACAGUCACAACCCUUUAUCCCCGUUUUGCUAAAAGUACUUAUUGUAUUGAUGGUUUUGGAUGUUUUCCUCCACGCAGGACAUCAGAAGAGAAAAUUCCCUUGCAUAACGUGUGUGUGAAUGAAUAAAUGUUUGUUAGAACUUAAA